AUGUCUGCCCUGCAAGACCGCGACACGAACGUCCAGAUGGCUUCUUCCAACGCCAAUACCACCAAUACGUCGGAGAAGCAACAACAGAUGGCCACUGGAGGAGAGAACAAGGCGCAGCGGACCUUGGAGCAGAGGAUAGCCGAUGCGAACAAGUAAGAACCCAACCCCUCCGCUCCCUGCCUCAAUCACAGAGCUUGGGAUAAAUGAAUACUGAACGCUUUCGCCAAACCCAACAGCAAGCAAUCCGGACCCUACAUCUCCCCCUCGGACGCCAUCCUCUCCCCAGCAACCCAGAAACUCGCGGGUUUCAAGCAGCGUCAGAUCAACAAGCAGUGAGCCUCUCCCACCUCCCUCCUUCCACCCCCCCCCGUCUUAUUAUUAUUAACCCCCCGCUCUUUGCAGGAAUAACAGCAACAACAACAACAACAACAACAAUCCAACCGCCCGUUCCCUCUUCUCCCGAACCGCAAGCAGCAUCACGGAUUCCGGCCUCGAAGACUCGGAAGAUCUUCCUGGGUCGAAGUAA